AUGGUGAUUCAGGUGAAGAGGGAGACGAUGAGGACAUGCCUGAGCUGUCCUCUCUGCGACCGUAUCCUCCGUGACGCCACCUCUAUUUCCGAGUGUCUUCACACAUUUUGUAGGAAAUGCAUCUAUGAGAAAAUCACAGAGGAUGAGAUAGAGUCUUGUCCAGUAUGCAACAUCGACCUAGGUGGCGCCCCAUUGGAGAAGCUGAGGCCUGACCACAACUUGCAAGACUUGAGAGCCAAAAUCUUUCCCCUGCGACGGAAAAAGGUGAAAGCUCCUGAAAUUGUGUACUUACCGGGAAGGAGAAAGGAGAUAUCUAUAUCUUCUCUGGUUGUAAGCACUCCUAAGGUGUCAGAAAAAGCUGGAACAACUGGAAGAAGAACUAAAGCGGUCGCGAGGAAAGAGUCACGAGGUAGUGCUUCUUUAGCUGAGAGAAGUGUCAAGAACGAAGGAUCUUUUGGGGACGACACUCAGAAUAAAAGUCAGUCAUAUGCAGAGUCCUUCUCUAAUAAAGAAAAUAAGGAUGAGGACGAACCCUGGGAUUCCAAAUUGGAUUUUCUGGUCGAAGUGGCAAACAGGACAAAGCCCUUGAAGUCUUGUGCUUCUUCUCAAGGGUCAGGCUCGAAAUCUGAGCAAAAGAGUAAUGCUGGUGUUCCUACGGCAUCAGAAACUGCUACGCCUAAAAAACUGCGUAGGACUCGACGCAAACGGUCUGCUGCCACCACCUUUGGUGAUUUAGGAAACUCGCCUCAACCAGAUGAGUCAAGUGCAAAACGAGAGAGGAGAAGUGGUCCUCUUUGGUUUCGACUUCUGGUGUCCGAUGAUCAGCACGGAGAAGAUGCUUGGCCUCAAAUUCCAGCACAUUUUUUGAGAAUAAGGGAUGGAAACAUUCCAGUUUCUUUCGUCCAAAAGUACCUCAGGGGGAAGCUAGAUCUCAAGAGUGACACUGAGAUAGAGAUAAGAUGUAUGGGAGAAGCAGUGAUCCCAACGCUGAAGCUUCAAGACCUGAUGGAUCGAUGGUUGCAGAGAAGCUUCCAGAGUAGCACGAAGCGCCAACAGCGCCAAGGGAUUAAUGCAUUGGUAGGUUCCUCUGCAGAGGAUUAUGUGAUUGUGCUUGACUAUGCUCAGAAGCCUCUGGAGCGAAACUAG